AUGUUCAAGAUGGGUCUUGAGUUUCUCCUCGUUGGUCUCUACUUCACUUUUGUCGGCGGUUUUGAAUGGUCGUUCCUCUGUCUACUCAUCCUCAUCAUUCUCGUAUUCAUUAUUCCGGAGAUCCGAUCUAGAGUACACUUCUUCCUCAGAGUCAUCAUUGCCCUCAUAUUUCAUAUUAUUGGACGACUCCGGGCAGGACUUGCCAAGUAUGGAGGGUUAUUUGUGACGGUGGGCCAUUUGUUUCAAGGAGUGCUUAGCUUUUCUAGCAUUUCUCUUCUCCCUGUCUUUUUUGCAAUUCUUCUCUAUAUCCCCUGCAAAGAGUCCGCAUAUGUCAGCAUCGAAGGUAUGUAG